GUAAUUAUAUUCCACUACACCCUCAUGUUUCAAUUUGUAUUUAAAUGUCUGAAAGGUAAGUCCUCUUCUCCUCCUCCUCCAACAACCCAAUCUUUCUCAACUGUCAAAAACCACACAGAACAAACUCAAACAACAGAGAUGAAGCUAGUCUGGUCUCCUGAAUUAGCUUCAAAAGCCUAUAUCGACACUGUCAAGCUCAAAUCAGGUGAGAAAUUGAAAGAAUCUGGAACGGCGGAGCUCCUGGCCGCGAUGGCGGCCGGAUGGGACGCGAAGCUGAUUGUGGAGGCGUGGUCGCACGGCGAACCAAUUGGCACAAGCAUCGGACUCGCGGUCGCUGCGCGCCACACGUGCGGGAGACACGUUUGCGUGGUUCCAGAAGAACGGUCGAGGUUGGAGUACUCAAAAUCAAUGAUGGGGUACGGCGUGGUGGAGAUGGAGGUGGUGGUCGGGGAGGCGGAGGAGGUGAUGGUGGCGUUGAAGGGGGUCCAUUUUGUGGUUGUGGACUGCAAGAGAAGGGAUUUCGCGAGGAUUUUGAGGUUUGCGAGGUUGAGUCACGACGGUGCAGUUUUGGCUUGUAAGAAUGCGUUGCAAAGGAGUAUUACCUUUUCUGGGUUUAGAUGGCUUGGAGUGCUUGAGAAGGGGACGCGUGUUGUGAGGUCAGUGCUUAUGCCAGUUGGGCAGGGGUUGGCUGUUGCUUAUGUAGGGAGUAAGAGUGGAACUGGGGGUUCUAAGAAGGAUCCCAGCCGUUGGAUCAAGCUCACUGAUCAAGAAUCCGGUGAAGAACAUAUUUUCCGAAGAUAAAGUUUGAAGGGUGUCGAUUAUAUAUAUGGUCACUGGAUGUAAGAUGAUGGCUGAUGGGGAUAACUACCCUUGAAUCUUGAUUACUUUCAUAUGAGAAAGUGAGCUUGUAAGUAUAAUAGGUUGCAUAGCUUCAAAUUACAAGCUCUUGGAGAGUACCAUGGUUGAUUCAAUCGGAAUUUCUGAGUUCCA